AUGCCUUAAUUAUAUUCGACACUUUUAACAAUAGGUUAAGAAAAAUGGAAAGAUAAUUGUUGGGCUGUUUCAAUUGAUAAAAAUAAUUUAAUAAUUGCUUUAGGAAGUUACCAUAUUAUUAAUUUAUUCUAAUUUAAAAAUUAAACAUUAAAGGAUACUUAAACACUUUUAGGACAUCAUGAUGAUAUUACAACACUUGUUUUUUUGAAUAAAAAGUCAUAAUUAAUAUCAGGUUCAAAAGAUAUGUAAAUUAUCAUUUGGUCAUUAAAUUUAUUAAGUGAACCAAAGAAAAUCUAAUUACUUAAAGGACACAAUAAUUAAAUUAAUUGUUUAAUCAUAAAUAAAAAAGAAGAUAUCAUAAUUUCUGGUUGCAGCUAAAUAAUAUUUUGGAGUUAAUUAUUGAAUUAAUAAUAAUGGGUUUGUUAAUAAUAAUAUGAAUCAGAAAAAUCUAUUUUUGGGAUAUCUAUAAAUGAUAAUGAAGAUUAAAUAAUAGCCUGUGGUGAAGAUUAAAUUAUAUUAGUUAUGAAAUAUGAAUCCUCUAAUUCUUGGUCAAUAAUAUAGAAAAUUUAAGUAGAAGAAUGGGGAUAUAGAUUAUGUUUUGUGGGAAAUAAUUUAUUUAUAUUUUAACCUAUCAUUGAAUGUGAUUUUGUUUGUUUAGGUGCGAAAACAUUGCAUAUUUAUUCUUUUAAUUUCUUACAAAAUAAAUACUUAAAAUCAGGAGAAAUUGAAGUUAAAGGAGAUUGUCAAUCCUGUUUUCAGUACUUUCCUACUAUUUAUAAUUGUAAAAGAGAAAUGCUGAUUCAUAAAAAUGGGUGUCACUUAAAUUUCAUUAGAGUUUAAUAGAACACUAUCACAUCAAAGGCAGAAAUGAUAUAAUACUAAUUUGAAUUAGUAGAAAUUAUUAAUUUUGGGAAUUCUGAUGGCUUUGGAAACUUAAUCGGAACUUUAAGUAAUGAUGGAGAAAAUUUAAUUAUUUGGGAUAAUAAUUAAAAGAAAUUAUAAGUAAUUAGAUUAUUAUAGAAUGAUAUCUGA